AUGACCGUGCUGUAUGGGUGCGUGUCUACACAUGCACACCAUUACUGCACGCUGAUCUCCAAGCAGGCGUAUGGGCCCCUGUGGAAGUCGUCCCUGGGGCCUUACACCAACAUCAACGUGGCCUGCCCCGAGCUGCUGGAGCAAGUGCUGCGGCAGGAGGGCAAGUACCCGGUGAGGAGCGAUAUGGCGCUGUGGAAGGAGCACCGCGACGCCCGGGGCCUGCCCUACGGCCCCUUCACUGAGGAUGGGGAGCGCUGGCACCGGCUGCGCCCGGGGCCGAGGGAGGCCGUGCUCUACACCGGGACUAUCAACGCCGUGACGUCCGACCUGCUGGGGCGGCUGGAGGCCGAGCGGCGCGGCAGCCCUUCAGGCCGGGGCGUGGGCGACGUGGCCAGCCUGCUCUACCGCUUCGCCUUGGAGGGCAUCGCCAGCAUCCUGUUCGAGACCCGCAUCGGGUGCCUGGAGCCGCAGGUGCCGCCCGAGACCCAGCGCUUCAUCGCCGCCAUCGGCUGCAUGUUCCGCGACUCCGUCUUCGUCACGGCCCUGCCCGCCUGGACCCGGGCGCUGCUGCCCUUCUGGGACCGCUACCUGCGCAGCUGGGACACCAUCUUCGCCUUCGGUCCGUGCCAGCGCGGGGGAGGCUGGGCCGUAGGUCCAGAGGCAAAGGGAGCGGCCCGGGCCGCCCUUCCCCGCGAGGUCACCGGCGUCGGCGGGGGACAGGUCCCCGAUGCCCCCCACCUGGCGCAGAUGCCGCUGCUCAAGGCCAUCGUCAAGGAGACGCUCAGGCUGUACCCCGUCGUGCCCACCAAUGCACGGAUCAUUGUGGAGAAGGAUGUCGUGGUGGGGGACUAUCUCUUCCCCAAGGACACGCUGUUCGUCCUGGCGCACUACGCAAUGGCUCAUGAUGAGCACAGCUUUCCAGAGCCAGAGCGCUUCCUGCCCCAGCGCUGGCUCCGGGCCGGGGCCACCCCCCACCACCCCUUCAGCUCCAUCCCCUUCGGCUAUGGCGUCCGCGCCUGUGUUGGCCGCCGCAUCGCCGAGCUGGAGAUGUACCUGGCCCUGACACGGAUCAUCCAGAACUACGAGCUGCACCCGGACCCCCGCGGCAGGGAGGUGCACCCCCUCUCCCGCAUUGUGCUGGUGCCCGACAAACCCAUCAACCUGGAGCUCGUGGCCCGGGCGCCAGUCCCCUGAGUGCAGCCAGCCUUGCCUGGGA